AUGGGGGAGAUAUUGCGCGCGACAUUUCCCUGUCUCAGCCCCUCAGCCCUCAAGAUGGACCAGUUCUACGCCAUCGGCUGCAGAGAUCUGCUCCUUCCCAACGAAACAACCAGUAUCGCGUAUCAAAACUGUGUGACUCUCACCAGAAUCGGCACCUAUGUCGGUCCUCUGCUUGGGAUCUUCGUCCUCGUCUGCGUUUUUGUGACGCGGUUCUUCUUCUCCCCUUCCAUCCUUACCGGCAUCUAUGGGAAGAGCUUCACCUCCCUCUCCCCUCGCGACCAGCGUCAGUUUCGGCUUCACAAUACCUGGCCUGUCCUGAAUCUGAUCGCAUUACCGUUUAUCGCGUUGCCGAUAUUCCAAGUCGUGCUGGGAAAUAGAGAAUGGUCUGAUUCAUUCUUUGGCAACUCGGCCAUCACGUUUCAAGAUUCAGCAAUCAGCUCUUCCACCCUUGUCAUCGCGCUGAAUGCCUACGAGCUUGUCUAUGAUGAGAAUCUGCGUCCGCUGUACGUUUUUCAUCAUGUCGGGUCACUGCUGGGUCUCCAAGGCUUUGCAAUCAAUGCACUUUCUAUGCCUCUCCAGGGAACGGAGAAGAUGAAUCAAUACCUAAAGGCUGCAGAUGUCUGUUCUUUCUGGAUCUUCUUCUCCUGUAUCCUAGGAAUCCUCUCCCGAGUCGUCUAUAUCCUCCGCCGAUCGUCCCCCCACGGAGGCAAACGAUUGACCAACGUCUACCGCUCCGCCAUCACCAUUGAAGGGUUGACACUUACCCUCGAAGCCAUGACCGUAUACUAUCUCCUCUACAUCAACUCGGACGUGCUACCUUCCAAACCGAGAAAUUGUAUAGCCGUUCUCCAGGCCUUGUUCACCAUGACCAAGAUUAAUACCUUUCGACGUCUUGUGGAUGUGUACAAGAAGCAUGUGAGGAGACUGAGCUAUGCCCAGAGAAAGAGCAGUACCUCCGAAAAGGGGCUACUCUGA